GGGCAAAAGAAAAAAGUUUGUGCGUAAUCUAAGAAAAACUCGGGAAGACGAAGAGGUUUGGAAGCUGGUGCUGUUGAAAGCAGAGAGAAGAACAGCCAUGAGGGAGUUCGUCCUUCUGCUGUUGAUCGUCCUCAGCAUCCUGGCCGUCCUCUUUUCCAGUUCUGAUCACAAUGGUGCCCCCUUCGUUAAUCUUCCCCUUCCUCCAUCUCCUUCAAGGCCUUCUGCAACAGACUCGCCGGAAAACAGCAUGACCCCAGUCAGUUCUCCAGAUGUAAAUUCCCCAACGCUGAGCCCAGCCAUUUCUCCAGGCAUAAAUUCCCCAAAGGGUGAACUGGUGGUUAAUGGCGAGAAGGCCGGGAGGUUAGAGAAAGUAGAGAUGGGACUGUGGAUGUCAAGAGCGUCCAUCAAGAGGGCCAUCGUAUCUGGAAACUACACAUCUCAAAGGCCGCAGUCCUUCGUCCCCAGAGGCUCCGUCUACCACAACCCUCACGCCUUCCUCCAGAGUUACAUAGAGAUGGAGAAGAGACUGAAGGUAUUCGUUUAUGAGGAAGGUGAGCCGCCCCUGGUCCACGACGGCCCAUGCACCUACAUUUACUCCAUAGAGGGGCAGUUCAUUCACGAGUUGGAGCAGGGCAGCACACCCUUUGUGACGAACAACCCUGAAGAUGCCGUGCUCUAUUUCCUUCCUCUCAGCAUCUCCAAGGCUGUUCAUUCUCUCUAUGGUCCAGGCAUUCGUGAAUGGGCGCCGCUCCACAGGGUGGUCAGUGACUAUGUGCAGGUCAUCUCAACCAAACACCCAUACUGGAACAGAACAAACGGUGCAGAUCAUUUCAUGCUUUCCUGUCACGAUUGGGCACCAUUUGCUACAACUAUAAACUCUGAUCUCUUCAACAGGUCUAUCAGAGUCCUCUGCAAUGCCAAUGUCUCAGAAGGCUUCAACCCAAGAAAAGAUGUCACUCUCCCAGAAUUCAACAUUAUGGGCUACAGUCUCCCAAAUCCUGUACAUACUCCAACCCCACUUUCUUCCAAAACAAUCCUUGCAUUCUUUGCUGGGGGAAACCAUGGUGCUAUAAGAGACAUUCUGCUUCAGCACUGGAAGGGCAAGGACUCACAGGUUCAGGUAUAUGAGUACCUGCCCAAAGGCAAAAACUACACUCAGUUGCUACUGAGCUCCAGGUACUGCCUCUGCCCAAGUGGGUACGAAGUCGCUAGCCCGCGGAUCAUCGAAGCCAUGUACACCGGCUGCGUCCCGGUCACGAUCAACGACUACUAUGUGCUUCCGUUCAGUGAUGUUCUCGACUGGAGUCAGUUCUCUGUUCGAAUCCCCGUGUCCCGGAUCCCGGACAUCAAGAACAUCUUGAGUGCCGUUCCGGAGAGCACAUACUUGAAGUUGCAGGCAAAUGUGUUCAGGGUUCAGCAGCAUUUUGUGAUCAAUCGUCCUGCUAAACGCUUUGAUGUUAUCAACAUGUUGCUUCACUCCGUUUGGCUUAGAAGGCUUAACAUGAGACUUCAAGAUUCAUAGCAAGCCUUGUUUGUGCUGUGUCUAUACUAAUUGGGACUCUGUUCCAAAUUGGUAGGGAAGAAACGAAACUCUUCCAAAUUGUGAUUCAUAGGCUCAGCAUGUAAUUUGGAUCUCUUUGUCUCUCUCUCUCUCUUAUUCGGCUUCGGCGCCGUCCUUCGUCUACUGUUGGGUGAUUCUGCUGUUCCGU